AUGAAGCUCGAGGCAAAAAUAACGGCAAGACGAAAGAAAUCAUCCAAACAGUGUGGAGGACCGGUUCACAGCAUUUUAUUUAUUUUCUAUUAUUAUUCUUAUUAUUAUUAUUAUUAUUAUUAUUAUUUUAUGGUAUUUUUCUUUUUUCUUUUGCCUUUUAUUUUUCUUUUCUCGUGCGACCGAAUGAAACACGACGACGACAACAAAAAAAAUAUAGCUAAGGCGUGUUGGAGGGAAAUUGCAUCUCGGAUUGUUAGACGCAUGCAGGGAACCUACAGAAGGUCAGAGGACGCCACCGAUACCGAGGCGGGCACAACUUCACAGCUGUUGGAUAUUCAGAAGGAACUGGUCAUGUUAAGGAAGCGUCGUGCGUUGCUUGAGGAGCAGCGUAAAAAAAUACUUAGCAAUUGUAAUUCCACGACCCCAGAAGGUGCGUUGCAUUAUACGGUGCAUAGCCAAGGAGGCCCAAGUGACUCUGUUGCCUGCAACCAUACACAGCUCACGCGAAUCGGCUCCACGCGUAAUUCUAACCAUUCCGUCAUUGACCGUAGCUGCCGUAUUCCCUCGGAGGCGGAACGACUGAAAUCCCUAAAGAAAAACGUUUUUAGAGAGAUGAAGGAGUCUAUGCGGAAUGAUUGGAAACGAGACAGCGUACUUGUCAUGGGAACCUUUCUGCUGGAAGACAAUCCUCGUGUAGGCACGUUUGGUCGGGAGCGGCGGUUCAUUCCUGUUCAGAAUUAUAAAGGUGUCUACCACUUGAGCACCGAUUUAGAACUUAUGCAGCGCCAGAAGAACAAACUUAUUACAAGUGGCACGGCGUCUCGGCGUGGAGAGCGGGGAAUGAACAUCUCAAACCAUUGGAAUGAUCUUUACUGCAGCGGCCCACCAGGGCCGGGCGCCUACACGCCGCGUUACGGCAAAUUGGCAAAGCCUUCAGUUCUCACGCGAAAGUGA